AGGCGUUGCCUUUUUCUUCUCCUCCCCUGCUCCCUUUUUCUCCUGCUCCCCUGUUUUCCUUCCUGUCCUGUUUCUAUCUAUCUCUCGUACAGAUAUAUAUAAGGAAGUUUGGGUUAUCCCUUUUUUUGGGUUUCAUGUGGAGUUCUGUGGCACUGGAGAUGGAUGAUGAUGAGUAUGCCAAGCUCAUUAGAAGGAUGAAUCCCCCAAAGUAGUGUUGGUUUUCUGGGCGUUAAAGGAUUGUGAUAGACAAUGAUGCUUGCGAUAACGUAACUGUUAUUCGGGUGCACAGCGUCAACAAGCAUGGAAUUCUCCUUGAAGUAGUCCAAGUCCUCACUGAUCUGAACCUUAUCAUCACCAAAGCUUAUAUAUCCUCAGAUGGGAGUUGGUUCAUGGAUGUCUUUAAUGUGACCGACCGCGAUGGGAAUAAAGUCAGGGACAAAAAGAUCAUCUCUUGUAUACAAACAUCCCUAGAAUCAGAUGCUUGCUACUUCCCCACACUCAGGAAUUCAGUUGGCAUUAUGUCGUCCGAAGAGAAUACAUCAAUUGAGCUAACGGGCACCGACAGGCCUGGCCUACUUUCUGAAAUAUUUGCUGUGCUCGCUGACUUGAAUUGUAAUGUGGUGAAAGGAGAGGUCUGGACUCACAACACCAGAGCUGCGGCAGUGGUUCAUGUCACUGAUGAGUCAACAAUGGGUGCAAUUGAGGACCCUCAGAGACUCUCCACGAUCAAGAAACUACUCUUCAAUGUCCUUAAAGGGGACAACACUUCGAGAACUGCUAAGAUGAUGGUCUCGAGAGGGCUCACCCACACGGAGAGGAGGCUGCAUCAAAUGAUGUUCGAUGAUCGAGACUACGAAAGAGUACGUGUGAUUGGAGAGGGAGAUGAGAAAUCUAGGCCUCGAGUUGCAAUAAUGGACUGCUCGGAGAAGGAUUAUACUAUAAUCAUUUUGAGGUCCAAGGACCGACCCAAGCUUUUGUUCGACACUGUUUGUACUCUCACAGACAUGCAGUAUGUUGUGUUCCAUGGAACGGUCCACACAGGAAGCUCGGAAGCUUAUCAGGAAUAUUACAUAAGGCAUGUUGAUGGGCUCCCCAUAAGCUCAGAGGCCGAAAGACAGCGUGUGAUUCAGUGCCUCGAAGCAGCUAUCGAGAGACGAGCCUCGGAGGGAUUGGAAUUGGAAUUGAGGACAGAGGACAGGGUUGGCCUUCUCUCGGACAUUACAAGGAUAUUCCGAGAGAAUGGCCUGCGUAUAAGGAGAGCAGAUAUAUCAACAAUUGAAGGCAAAGCAGUGGACACUUUCUGCCUUUCCGAGAUGUCGGGCAACCCUGUGGAAGGCAAGACCAUUGAUUCACUGCGUGAGCAAAUCGGUCAAACAAUUUUGAAGGUGAAGCAGAAUCCCUUGCCUCCUCCUAAACAUCCUGAAUCAGUGAGCACCACUGGAUUCCUCCUGGGAAAUUUCUUCAAGGUCUGUUCAUUGCAGAGCUUCAGGUUGAUUAGGUCCUCCUCAUGAACCUGUUUCACACUCAUGAAAGAAGAUAAGAGAAUCUAAUGUAUAGCCAACACAAUAAAAACAGCCAUAGCUCCACUCUGUAAAUAGCUACGCCUUCAGAACAUUAGACAUUUGAGGCCGGAUUCCAACUAGAGAAAAUUGUAUAGGAAUGAGAUACUUAUCCUUUAGUUCUUAAUUGCGCACACACUUGUAAAUGGAUGUUACUUGGUCUGUAACAAGAUUGAGCUCGACCCUUAUCUCUGAGAGGAAAAAAAAAAAGAAAGAAAGGAAGGAAGGAAAAAAUGGGGAAAAAAGAGGAAUGAUAUAGUUGGUUUGUAAAUGAAAUGUACAUUUGCUUGGCAAGCACUCCAGAAAUUUAUUAUUUGUUUGUGUA